AUGUCCAUCCCGCAGGGUCGAGACGGGGUGUUCAACCCGACGUCUCCCCAUUCAUCCUUGGGACUAGCAGACUCUUUCCGAGGCACUCCCGACACUCGUCUCACAGCAUUCUCACCAGAGGAGAACUCGGUCAAAUCCUUGCGUGCACCUCACUCUGCCGGAAGUGGCGCUCGAGAGUCAGAACCCGUCAAGUUCCGCUUUGGAACCCCUCAAUCGCUCAACUUGCCUCUACGUGAGCCUCGCUUCUCCCGCGACAACCAGAUUGAGAGAGACCCGUUUGUCAGCUUCGGUACGCAGGGUAUCGUCACCAACUGGAAGCUGUCUCCUACAGCUUCAAGCUUUGACCCUUCAUCCACAAUUCUCAGCACUCGAGCAAGCGACCCCGAGUUCACAUACGCCAAAGAUGCGACGAGUGAGACAGCCAAGUCCGCAGAGAAAUCUUCUGUGAACAAGCAUGUCGACGUUUUUGUUCACAAGGAACUAAGUACGGAUCUCGGCCUGUCUCGAUGCGUCAAGCUUGUGCCUAUUGUUGAUGGCUCCCGUAUCCAGCUUUCAGAUGUGGAGCAUUACAUCUCGAGUCUUGGAAACUGUGGUCUGCAUUUGAAGAGCAGCAAACAGAUGCACAGUGCUGGCGAUAAGGUCUAUGUCCGAUUCCCUAACAUUCGCGAUGCUUGCCUUUUUUACCAGAACGCACAGCUGGGAGGACGUGACUGGAUGAUCAAUUAUGUCCAUCCUCGCGAGUUCUCUCAAACUAUUGAGCUCACAUCUGGCUUGAUCACAGCUCACGAAGGUCAACUGACUCUAGCUGUCUUUGCACCGCCUUCUUUACAGGGUGUCGAUGCGACCCGGUUCGUCAACUUCAUGCAGGAAGUUCUGAGAGAGCAGGGUGACCUUUUUGCUUUCAAGGUCAAUUCGCAAGGUGUCGAAGGUAGCAUCAUGUCUGCCAUUGUCGAGUACUGUGACAACGACGUCUCGUUGCGAGCUACUUCUGCACUGAAUGGUCAGGUGGUCAAGGGAUUCCAGAUUUGCAUCGCACUUCAUCGCCCUGAUAUUCCUUCCAUGUCGACUCGAUCUCAUGACAUCAUGACUCCCUCGAGAACCGCAGAUACAUCCCUUGACAACGUUCUGAGUGGUUUCCAGAAUCUCUCACUCACAACCCGACCCUCUUCCUCAGCCUCAUCCAUGCAACCGGGGUUCCUCACUACGCCUACUCGGUCGCCUUCGGCCACUGGCUACCAGAUGCAGCCAGCGUUUGGUAUGGCCCCUGUCGUCUACCAUGGCAUGCCGUUGAGUCCGCCGUAUAUCCUCGACCCUGCAUCUCCUCGCGUGCACACCAUGAUCCCGGCAAGUAAUUAUUCAUGGGUGGGCCCUCUUUACCCUCAGCAGUCUGCGAUGGUGAGUCCAGAUGUCUUGGUACCUCGCCAAUUUGGCUCUCAGCGAGCCGAUUCACGCCGUCAGAAUGCCGUCCGAGUGCACCGAUCACCAUUUCAACAUCACAACAUCACUGGUCAGCACAACCAUGUUGAUGUGGACCGUAUCCGCGAGGGAAUCGAUGUUCGAACCACAAUCAUGUUGCGCAACAUCCCCAAUAAGGUUGACCAAGCCAUGUUGAAGAACAUUGUUGACGAGUCUAGCUGGGGCAAGUACGACUUCAUGUAUCUUCGAAUUGACUUCAACAACAAUUGCAACGUUGGUUAUGCAUUCAUCAACUUUGUCGAUCCGCUCGACAUUAUAGACUUCGUCAACAAGCGUGGCAAUCAACGAUGGAACUGUUUCAAGAGCGACAAAGUGGCAGAGAUCUCGUACGCCACCAUCCAAGGAAAGGACUGUCUGGUCCAGAAGUUCAGGAACAGCUCGGUGAUGCUAGAGGUUCCUCAGUACCGACCCAAGCUUUACUAUACCAUCAAUGGACCUAUGCCGGAGCUAGCUGGACAGGAGGAGCCGUUCCCAGAGCCGGACAACCAGUCCAAGAUGAAGCGAAGCUGUGAGAACGCAGAGCACGUUGGCCUGUUCACGCCUAAUGCUGGCCAGCACUACCGGGACGAGCAGAGACGUCGUCGUUCUCAAUUUGACCGAGGUACCCGGCUUGCAGCAAUGGAGGAGUACGAGUAUCCACCUCUUCCCUUGCACUCAUACUCUCCUCAGUAA